GUUUCAGGGAUAUCCGUAAGAAUCGAGCACGAGUUUUAUACUUACUUGCAACGCCUAAGACGCGCGGUUUUCGUUGCAAAAUGGAAGCUACGAUGAGCGACAGACGGAAGAUCAUAAUAGUUGUGGCUAUGGGCGUGACUUCACUUUUGACGGCGGUUAGCAGUCUCCUUGCUCGUUAUUUAACAGACCAAUCUGUGGGAACCUAUGAUAAAUAUGCAGUUGCCACGGAUACACCGCUGUGCUCUAAAAUCGGAACCGACACCCUAAAAGCUAACGGUUCAGCAGUGGAUGCUGCCAUCGCCGCCAUGUUCUGUCUGGGUGUGGUCAGCAUGCACUCAUCAGGGAUAGGAGGUGGGGGAGUGAUGUUGGUGUACUACCAAGCAUCGAAGAACGCCAUUGUCUACGACUUCAGAGAAACUGCCCCAGCCACAGCCUACAAGGACAUGUUUAAGGGCAACCAAAAAAAAUCCAAGACAGGUGGUCUGUCCAUCGCUGUUCCCGGUGAGGUUCGCGGUAUGUACGAGGCUUGGAAACGACAUGGUCGGUUACCAUGGGAACACCUGGUUCAACCCGCCAUUGAUUUGGCCAUAUAUGGAUUUGAAGUAACUCAAGCUGUGGAAGAUGCACUGAAAACGACAAAAGGAAUCAAAGAUGAUAUUGAAAACGACCCGGGAUUGAGUGAGCUGCUCCUUAAAGACAAUAAGCUGGUUAAAAAAGGAGAUGUUAUUGAGAACGUGGAGUACGCAAGGACUCUAGAAAGAGUGCGUGACGAUCCUGACUCAUUUUACAGUGGAGCGCUCGCUAAUGACAUAUUGCGUGACAUUAGGAAAGUCAAUGGGAUCGUGACUGCCAGAGAUUUAAGACUUUAUAAGUCGAUUAUAAGAGUGCCAUACCGGAGUAACAUCCAGAACAUGACAAUGUACCUGACCCCACCACCCACAAGUGGCGCUGUGCUGGCACUGAUCUUAAACAUUUUAAGAGGGUACAACUUGACAUCAUCAGCUCGCGAUGACGAGAACUCCAAAAUCCUUACAUAUCAUCGAAUCAUUGAAUCCUUCAAGUUCAGUUAUGCGUGGCGCAGUCAGCUUGGAGAUCCCAAGUUUAACUCCAGGAUAGUAAAGACAGCAAAAGACAUGUUAGAGCCAGAACUUGGUGAUACCCUUCGUCAAAAAAUAUGGGAUAACAAGACUUACACGGAUGUAUCUUAUUACGCGGAUUCCUUUUCGAACGCUGAUUACGGUACGACACACGUGGCUGUACUGGACCAAUAUGGAGACGCAGUUUCUGUAACAUCCACUAUUAAUAUGAGGUUUGGCGCUAAAUAUCGAUCCACUGAAACAGGCAUCAUUUACAACAAUGAGAUGGCAGAUUUUGAUAUUCCUGGUCACGACGUAGUGGGUGAUAUUUCUCCUUCACCAUUCAAUUUUCCUGAGCCUGGUAAGCGACCGUUCUCUUCCAUGUGUCCCACCAUUUUGACCGAUAACGACGGAAAAGUUCAGUUUGUUAUCGGUGCCUCCGGUGGGAAAAGGAUAACCACAGCUGUGUCACUGGUCUUAAUGAACAAACUCUGGUUUGGAGAUGACUUGUCCAAGGCGGUGGACGAACCUCGACUGCACUCACAUCUGGUGCCUGAUCAGAGAGUAUAUUAUGAAGACGAUAAGCCCAUUGACGAGGACGUAAUAGAAGGCUUAACACAACUAGGUCACAACGUCACUGGCAGUAAUCUUUUUGCUGUGGUGCAGGCGAUUUCUAGGCGGGAACCUGGAGGAAAAAUAUACGCCAAGUCUGACCCAAGAAAGUACGGUGCACCCGCGGGUGAAUAGAAGUGCGAUCCCGAGACACUCGCCCGACCAAAACUCGCUUUUAAACCCUAUCCAAUGUGGUAACAACUUAUUUUCCAUAAAUGAGCGGAAAGCUGCAAUAAGCUACUGAAUAAUGGCGCUUCACUAGGAUAGAAAAUACAUUUUCCUUUUCUUUUUUAUAGCAGUUCUGAUGCAUCUUUUGUCGAAAUUAAAGUUUAUUGUUAGGAUUUGAAAAAAUUUAUGAUCCUCGUCCUUUGAUAUCGUUCUCCGAUUUGAAGUAUGUUAUUUUAAAUAGGCAGAAGCGUUAAAUUCAUUCGUCUUUUUCCGUUGAUUUAAUUUUCUUAGAAUUUCCAUUUCAUUAUGUUGGACUCAGCUCUGCAUGGACGAGUAGAAUUGCUUUGCUUACACGCUAUAGAUUUAAUAGAAUAAAACGAGGUCAUAACGUCACUGGCAAUUUUAGGUAGUUAGUUAUCCUUAGGUAGUUAGUUAUCCUAUUUGUUAUAGAAUUAAUCUUUUUAUUAUAACUAUUUAUUAAUGUAGUUUGCUCGAAGAUAUUAGCACCCGAGUGCUACACUGUAAA